AUGGAUGCCCCAGACACCGAUUUCGACAUCAAACUGCAGAAGAUCUCUGGUGACUUGAUCGCUGACCUCGACCGCGCGUUUACCACUCUACUCCGCAAACCUAAUGGUCAUGGGGGCACUCAAGUGCGGUCCUUUGUAAGGGCCAGAGAGACAUUCAAGUCUACCACCGCGAUCCUGGACACGUUUCAAGAGCUUCCACAACUCUUAGAUCCAUACCUACCGAAAUGGAUACCACUGUUGGCAGAGUCCUACCUGGAGUAUGCCCAGAUGCGGCGCAGAAUGAAAAUCCCUCCUAGACAAUCUAGUCUUUUGGUGCCCGUUGACUACGCCAUCUGCCGGAUCUUGUAUGGCUUCUGCAAAGUCCGCGGAGAAAAGGUCAUUGUCCGCUUCUUAAACGUGGAGACCAGAUAUCUCGAGGUCCUUCUUUCGGCAAUAGAAGAAGCAGAGCACGCAUCUACAGCUGAUUCCCAGAAUCAUGGGUGGGAAUGGGAGCAGCGGUAUGUUGUGCUUCUCUGGCUUUCGCAUCUUUUACUGGCACCGUUCGACUUGUCAACCAUUUCGACUCUGGAUAUAGAAGAAUCUGGCAUCCCCCAUAUUUCUGGCCUCGAAUGGCCAGAUAAUUUGCCCGGCAUCACUAUCAGAGUAAUUCCACUUGCUAUUAAAUAUCUCUCUUCUCCGGGAAAGGAAAACGAUGCCGCCAAGGCUCUGUUGGUGCGGGUAGCAAUGCGACGAGACAUGCAGCAACUGGGUGUAUUGGAUGCCCUGGUUCAAUGGGCAUUGGUCUCACUCCAGCCUGGAAAGAAUGGCGAUAUCGAGUCGACAUAUUUCUACCUUGGAGUAUUGUCAUUCUUAGCUGGGGUAUUGCGGUCCUCAGCAGAGACUUCAGACAUGGAUAAACAUCUGCCUUUGAUAUUCCAGUGCGUCUAUGAUAUAGCCCUGGGCAACAAUGAGGUGUCGAAAUCGAUCAUCCGGCUCGCAGUAGUGAGGAAGAUGAUCCUCAAAGUUAUUCGGUCUGUAAUUGUGUCGCUACUGCGGCAGAAUCGGCAGAGUAUGGCUAAUACAGAGAUGGCGGAAAGCGCAAUCGGCUACCUGCUCGACAGUGUAUCUGAUAACGACACACCAGUCCGACUCUCGGCCAGCAAGGCAUUGAGCAUCAUUACGCUCAAGUUGGAUCCUGGCAUGGCUUUCCAAGUAAUCGAAGCUGUGCUCGAUUCCCUCAACAGAAAUAUUCUUUGGACAAAACCUACUAGCAGCCAGGGAGACAAACCUGUAAGAAAUUUGUCGGCGGUAAAUCAUCUGGAAUGGCACGGCUUGAUGCUCACGCUCUCCCACCUGCUUUACCGUCGAUCUCCUCCAGCUGACCAGCUCUCCGAUAUCAUACACGCUUUGCUGUUGGGACUGUCUUUUGAACAACGAAGCACGUCUGGAGGUAGCGUAGGUGCGAAUGUUCGCGAUGCCGCUUGUUUUGGUAUUUGGGCACUGGCUCGUCGGUACACUACACAGGAGCUGCUGAAUGUGCCCACACAAUCUGUUUUCGCGGCAAAAGCACACCCUUCUUCAAGUUCAAUCUUGCAAGUUUUGGGUACAGAACUAGUUGUUACGGCGUCGCUGGAUUCUGCGGGAAAUAUUAGACGUGGCGCGUCUGCAGCCCUGCAAGAACUUAUCGGACGGCAUCCGGACACGGUGGAGCGAGGAAUAGAGGUUGUACAGACUGUUGACUAUCAUGCUGUUGCGAGGAGGUCUAGAGCUGUGGAGGAGGUGGCUGCAAAGGCGACGAAACUGUCUGCUCAGUAUGGCGAAGCGCUUCUUGAUGCCAUUCUCGGAUGGAGAGGCAUUGGAGACAUGGAUUCUCUAUCCAGGAGAGUCACUGGUGCUGCUUUUGGCAUCCUAACAGCAGAGGUGGCUCAACUGGAUAGUACCUCGCCAAUGUCUCGGUUCCUUCUCACGAUAAAGUUGGUCAUUGCGCGAAUUCAAGCUCUUGCAAAGCGGCAGGUUGAAGAGCGACAUGGCUUGCUCUUGUGUAAUGCUUCUGUGCUAAACAAGGUUUCAGCGACUCUACGGGAAGGUAAAGAUGAAUCCCAUAUUGAUUCAUCGCUAAUUGAUACAGUUCUCAGUUCGGUAUCUGACAUCCUCGAAGAUGCUCGAACCACUGACUAUCGAAAGCCAGAGUUGAUUGCUGAGGCAGCCGGCUGUCUGGUUGUGUCUUCACUGCCAGUAAUCCAGGCAGCAGUCCUUGGAAAGAAGUCUGGCAUACAUUUGGAACCAGGACAUGAUCUUCUCUCCUCCUCGCGUUCUCAAGAGUAUAUAUGCUCUGCAUUGAAGUUACUUCCAAAUGGAUCAUCAUAUGAGAAUGUCGAAAAACUUAUUUCGACGCUGAAGAUGAUUAUCCCAACAUGGCUGGCCAGGAGUGAACCCGAGACCGUGGAACCUGCAUCUGAAGCGGCUCUCGUACUUGUACUCUUCUCCAAGAGCCAGGACAGAGAGAAGACACUUCAAGAAUGGGCUUCUAUGGUCGAAAGUAAACCUACUACACGAACAGUAACCACCGGACAAGGCUAUUUCCAUGCUUUGGCCAUGGCACAGCCUCUUGCGAAGCAGGCUGUUCGUGAUCCUCAUACAGAUCUGGCUUGCCAGGCAUUCUUGGACCGGUGGGCAAAAGACGACGAUAUCGACACGAGGGUAACUAUACUGCAGAGCUUGAUCCGCAGUCGCCUCCUACAAGCAGAAGCAGGUAUAUUCCUGAGUUUGCUAGUCGAGGGACUGAACGACUAUACUACAAAUGCUCGGGGGGAUGUUGGCUCGCACGUCAGAGUGCAAGCCCUACGAGCUGUUAGAAAAGUAUGGGAGGACGACACCGGCUCAGCUGCAACGUCAGAGGUGAUGAAGAAAUCUGUCAAGGAGCUCUUCCCUUGUAUUUUACGCCUUGCAGCCGAGAAACUUGAUCGCGUUCGACCGGAAGCCCAAGCCGUUGUAGCAUUGAUGAUGAAGGACUGUGACGCAAAAUCUUUUCAAUCCCUCACAUUCUCAUCCAAAGAUUACUUUGAAACUCUGCUCAACCUCAUCUUAUCAAGCUCGUUAUCACCACUCCUCGAAACUUCCGAUGCAGACAGAUCCGCAUGGAUGGCAGAACUCAUGUCCGGCUUCGUCACGUCCGCCGACACAGGAAACGAUGACCUAGUCAUAGCAAGUCGAGCAGCUCUGACAGAUUUCUGCGAAAAGUCCCAACAGCAUCUGGACAUGGUAUGCCAUGCUCUCACAUCAAACUUGCGUUCUCGCCACGGUGAUGAUCGCAUAGCUGUACCUACACUUGAGAUUAUCGCGUUUUUGUUCCACGUCGGUUUAUUCCAGCAGAGUCAGGGGGUCAAUCUCCGCAAUUUGUGCCUGUACACACAAAAGGCGGGUUACAAGACGGGCAAUGUUCGCAAGAUUAUGGCAUGCGUGAAAGUCUACGGUGCUGUGGCGGGCCUAUCUACUGGGAAGGGAGAUGAUGUGCGUGUUGGUGUGAGUGAAGCUAGGAAGAGACUGGGGGCUUUGAUGUAUCAUCCCUGGCCGCGGGUUAGGAGUGUUGUUGUCGAUGAGAUUUGGGGAUUAUCUGGGUUUGAGGAAGUCGAGGGUGCAAAGUUGACGAGCGUCGAUUGGUCUGCCGCCGGGAAGAUACAGAUAAAAGCUACGGUGCAGUCGCUGGGCAUGGAAUGA